UUACCUAUAUAACUGUUACAUUUUCUAUUUUCACUUUGUGAAGAUGUCGAAACUGAAGUUAUACUACGAUCUCAUGUCCCAGCCCUCACGGGCGCUAUACAUGUUUGUGAAACUGAACAGAAUUCCUUUUGAGGACAAAGCCGUUGCUCUACGAAGUGGAGAGCAUAAACAGGAAGCAUUCACGACAAUAAACCCUGUCCAACUUGUUCCAGUCAUCGACGAUGGUGGAUUUGUUUUAACAGAGAGUGUGGCCAUCAUUCAGUACCUGUGCAGCAGGUAUGACCUUCCUGAACACUGGUAUCCCAGAAAGGACAUCAAGGCUCAAGCCAAAGUGAACGAGUACCUUAACUGGCAGCAUGCCAACACUAGGAUGAACUGUGCCAUGGUGUUCAGGCACCUGGUAAUAAUACCCAGAGAAACCAAGAAGCCAGUGGACUGGGAUCAAGUGAACAUGAUGAAGAAGCGAGUGGCCUUUGUGGUCAACCACCUGGACAAGACCUUUCUAAAGGAGAAGCCAUACCUGUGUGGCUCCGAGGUCUCCGUCGCUGAUCUCCUCUGUAUUUGUGAGUUGAUGCAGCUGAACGCUGUGCACGAGGAACAGCUCUACGAGUCAAAUCCCAAAAUAAAGGCAUGGGCAGAGCGAGUUAAGAAGCGACUCAAUCCCGAGUUUGAUGAGGCUCAUCAGAUUGUGUACCGAUUGCGAGAUUUGUACAAGAGUACAAUCGCCCCAUCCUUUGCCAAACUGUAGUUCAGAAAGAUUGUGUUAUAUGUAUUCUGUGAUAACUCAUAAUCUUAUGAUUCUAAUUUGUAAAAUGCAUAGGCGUCGGAACCGGGGGGGCUAGGGGGGGCUA